AUGCCUACCACCACAGCGGAGACCCUCUCCCUCGUCACCCGCAAUGUCACCGUCGCUCCUCUAGUCCUCCUCUCCGUCGUCGAUCACUACAACCGCGCCGCCGCAAAGUCCACUAGGAACAAGCGAGUCGUGGGCGUGCUGCUAGGACAGAACGAUGGCAAGAACGUGCGCGUGUCGAACAGCUUCGCAGUGCCGUUUGAGGAGGACGAGAAGGACCCUUCCGUCUGGUUCUUAGAUCACAACUAUGUCGAGUCGAUGAACGAGAUGUUCAAGAAGGUCAACGCCAGGGAAAAGCUAAUAGGAUGGUACCACUCCGGCCCCAAGCUGCGGGCCUCAGAUCUCGAGAUCAACGAGCUGUUCAAGCGCUACACACCCAACCCGCUUCUCGUCAUCAUCGACGUACAACCAAAGGAGGCCGGCGUGCCCACUGAUGCCUACUUUGCCGUUGACGAGAUCAAAGAUGACGGCACCACCACAUCCAAGACCUUCGUGCACACACCCUCAAUAAUCGAGGCCGAAGAGGCAGAGGAGAUUGGCGUCGAGCAUCUCCUACGAGACAUCCGCGACGUCGCCGUCGGCACCCUCUCCACCCGCGUGACCAACCAGCUGCAGUCGCUGCAGGGCCUGCACCUGCGCCUGCGCGACAUCCAGGCCUACCUGCAGAAGGUCCUCGACGGCCAGCUGCCUGUCAACCACGCCAUCCUCGGCAACCUCCAAGACGUCUUCAACCUCCUCCCCAACCUCUCCACGCCAAAGUCCGCCAGCGCCGCCGCCAGCGCCGCGGACAAGGCCGACGGCGGCCUGUCGUACGCGAUGAGCGUCAAGACCAACGACCAGCUGAUGGCUAUCUACCUCAGCAGCCUGAUCCGCGCCAUCACCGCCUUCCACGACCUCAUCGAGAACAAGAUCCAGAACCGGCAGCAGCAGGAGGAGAAGGACGCCGCCAAGAAGGAGGAGACCACCACCAAGGACGGGGAGAAGAAGGAGAACGGGGACAAGGCGGUCAACGGCGUGAACGGAGAGGCCAAGGACAGCGGUGAUAAGGACGCCGCGUCCAAGGAGAAGAAGAAAUAA